GACUAUCCUGCCAUCAUUUAAAGUCUAGCAGUUGCACUGCGUGUACUUACCAAUAACUCAGUACUUAAAUAAAUAUAUAAGUGUUUUAUUAAUAAUAAAUAUAAGUAUUUAAUAAACAAUCAAUUUUAUCAGCUCGUAUAAUUUUUUAAAUCAAACGUCACUUUAAAUUUUAAAAAGUCAUCAUGUUUUUCGUCGUGUGCAUUCUGUACGUCUUCUGCAUUUUUUAUUCGCACAAACGUUUGAAAAGUGUUGUUACUAAAUUAAAACGAGUUAAUUGUUAAUUUAAAUAAUUAAUUGUAAUUAUAAAAAGAUACUUAAAGAUUUAAAUUUAAUUUUAGUAAUUUAAUUAUUUAAUUAUUAAGAAAUGCGCGGAUAUUUGAAUUUUAAAAGACGGAGAAAAAAAGCGGGGUUUUAAAAAAUUUAAAUUUUCUGCGGCAAACACGUGAUGCAGAGGUCACACUCCGCCAUUGUAAUAUAUGACUAAAUAAAACGUGAUGAUAAAUGAUUAUUUAAAAUGUUGAUACGUAACCUCAGUAAUAAAUUAACUUGGUGUAAAUUUCGCGCUCGAUAUUAUUCGAAAGAGAGCGUUUCGAAAAGCGACGAACAAUGUCGGGUAUCAAUGAUAAGAAAUAUUGGCAUCAUGGCUCAUAUAGACGCAGGAAAGACGACGACUACGGAGAGGAUGCUGUAUUAUUCAGGAAGUAUUAAAAACAUGGGAGAGGUCCAUCAUGGCAACACGGUGACAGACUACAUGGAGCAGGAACGUCAACGGGGAAUAACGAUAGUGUCUGCUGCAGUGACGUUUAAUUGGAAGGACCAUCGCUUUAAUUUAAUUGACACACCCGGACAUAUUGAUUUUACUAUGGGCGUUGAGCAGACACUGGGAGUUUUAGACGGCGCGGUGGUGAUCCUCGAUGGGUCUGCUGGUGUAGAAGCACAGACCCGGACUGUCUGGAAGCAGGCUGAUAGAUACAGCAUCCCGCGAAUUGUUUAUGUAAAUAAAAUGGACAGGGCUGACGCCAAUUUCCACAUGUGUUUGGAGUCAAUGGAGUCCAAGUUUGAAAUAACUUCGCUGCCGGUACAACUCCCGAUUAAAAACGACAGCGGUUUUGUUGGGAUUCUUGAUCUGCUGACGUUGGAUAAAAUUAUUUUUGAUAAGAACACUCAGGGGAACAAAAUUUUGCGAGAAAAAUUGACGGAGACAGAGGAUGGUUUUCUGCUGGACCGCGCUAGGGAAAAACGUCGGCUGUUGGUUGAUAAAUUGUCAACGAUUGAUGAUGAGCUGGCUAAUUAUAUUAUUGAGCAGGAGUCAUUGGAUGACAUACCGACUCAGGUAAUUUUAAAUUCACUGCGUAAGUGUACGAUUAAAGGCAAAGGUAUUCCAGUUUUGCUGGGAAGUUCUUACAAGAAUAUUGGAGUCCAACCUCUGAUGGAUGCUGUUAUUUUUUACUUGCCCUCACCGGAUCUUCAUAUGAAAGCUAAACUGUACAGUUGCUUUGAGAAGAAUUUAUCAGCGCGAGCAUUCAAAAUAAUUCAUGACAAGCAACGCGGCCCGAUAACAUUUUUCCGGGUUUACUCGGGAAGUUUGAAAAAGAACCAGAAAUUUUAUAACGUUACUAGAGAGAAGCAGGAACAGGGCGGAAGACUUUACGCAGCUUAUGCUGAUGACUAUGAAGAAAUAAAUGAAGUGACGGAAGGAAAUAUCGGCGGGUUGGCCGGAUGUAAAUUUACAGUCACUGGGGAUUUACUAACCAGCGGUCCAACGAUGGUCAGUCGCGCUAAAAGUGUCUUGGAAAAAAUAAAGAAUAUCGAUGACGCAGAGAAGGAAAAAUUUUUCGCUGCUGCUAAAAUUCCUGAUCCCGUGUUUUUUUGCUCUAUAGAACCGCCGUCGUUGUCCGCGCAGACUCCUCUCGACAUCGCGCUCCAGGAGCUGGAACGCGAGGAUCCAAGUCUCCGGGUGACUCUCAAUGAAGAAACCGGACAAACUGUUCUCGGUGGAAUGGGCGAGCUCCAUAUUGAUAUAAUAAAAGAGAGAAUAAAGACUGAGUACAAGAUUGAUGUUGAUCUAGGUCCGCUGCAAAUAGCUUACAAAGAAACGGUAGUAAAAGGAAUCAAGGAUACAUUCGUUUCUCAGCACAAAAUAGGCACGACUAAUCACAACGUCAACGUCACCAUGUCAUUGAUACCCAACUAUGAAGGCAAAGAUCUUUUGUUCGAUAAAACAAAGGAAAGUGCUUCCAACAUCGCGGACAUUCAUCCCAAGGUGAUGUCCGCCGUCAGACGAGGUGUCGUCUUGGCACUAAACCAUGGACCCAAGCUCGGGUGUCCUGUUAUCGAUGUCGGGGUAAAAUUACACUGGCUGGAAGUCGGCAGAGGCACUUCUGACACCAUGAUUUCAUCCGCUAUCUCUCAGUGCAUACGCAAGAUGCUCGAACAAGCGGGAAUUAUGUUAUUGGAGCCGAUAAUGAGACUGGAAGUCGUUAUGCCUGAAGAAUAUUCAUCUCGAGUCAUGAGCGAUCUCAGUAAACGCAGAGCGCAGAUACAAGAAGUUACAGUUCGUGGGCAAUACAAAGUACUUAGAGCUCUGGUACCGUUGAGUGAAUUAAUGGGAUACUCGACGACUUUGAGAAUAUUGACGUCUGGCAAUGGAAAUUUUUCAUCUGAAUUCGACAGCUAUCAGAUGAUGGGCGCAGCAGAAGAGCAACAAGCUAUUAAACAAAUAACCGGAUUUUAAAAAUAUAUUAUUUUUAUAUUUAUUUAUUUAUUGUAAAUGGUUAUUGAUAAAUUUUUCUAUGUAAAGUAAAAAAAAAUCAAAGUAGGUGAUAAGUUGUAAUAAAUAAUUAUUAAAAAAAACUA